ACUGACAAUCCGCCCAUCCAAGCGGUGCUAUGAAGCCCACGGUCCCGACAGUGCUAUGGAUGGGAUGAUUUUCGCCCAACUGUUGGCCCCUUGACCAGGUGGAUGUCUGCCCGAAGUAUGACGUCUGCUGAUGCGAACCUGCGGUGGGGUAGACCGAAGAAUGCCUCGGCUCCUCCAUGGCGACCUGCAGCUGAGGACCCCCCAUGGCGCCGACUUAAGGAGACGCGCAGCGAGACCCAGGUGUCGAUGCAACAAGGUGGAAGCAGCGCAAGCGAUUGCAGGCGGAGCCCCUCAAAGGACCAACCUGCUCAAGCUGCUCAAGCUGAAGCCAGAAACAAACCUGAGAAACCUGAAGAGAAGUCUCCGAGGGGAGAAGAGAGCCUUCCAGGGAGGCCAGAAGAAAGGCUUCCAGAGAAGUUGGAGGAGAAGCCUCCAGAAAGGCUUGAAAGCACGGCCAAGGCUCCCACAGCAGAGGCUUCUAGAGAAUUUGAGAUUGGCGAGAAGGUCCGAUACUGGAGCGGAACCCACGCGAAAUGGGUGGAGGCGCAUGUCCAACGAAUCAAUAAAGGACCAGAAGGCGAUCUCAUCUCCUAUGACUUGACUGCAAAAGCGCAGGCAGAUAUUUCUAGAGUGAAAGAUGCCUCCACAGCAGAAGAUGCGCCUCCACCUGUGGCACCUGCCAGGGUGGCUCCACAUGAAAGUGCAGAUGGAAAGGCGGCAGAUCAGGUCCCUGAACUCCAGUUCGACAAAGGGGUAGAGGUCCAAUAUUUUAGCGAGACCAGGAAAGGAUGGAUUGAUGCAGUGGUCGAGGAGCGGCAUGAUAAGGAGGGCGCUGUCAUAUAUGACCUGAAUUGCAAAAAGGGUGUGCCAGCAGAUCGCUUACGGAAUCCACAUGUUGAAUACGCAGUCGGGGAGCAAGUGGAAUAUUGGAGUGUGACAUCUCAACGUUGGAUGCCUGCCAUUGUUGAACACCUCCACGCAGAGGCCAAGACUUGCGACCUCAGUGUGAAACCGGGGGCUCCUUUGAGCAGAGUGCGAAAGGUUCCUGGCAGUGCCACUAUGGCACCGAUUUUCAAGGGAGUUCGGGCGACGAUCUCGCAUGGAGUUGGCGUGCCUCCUCCACCGUUGGCAUGCAGUUUCAAAGGAGGUGACCAGGUGCAGUACUACAGCGAGACAAAGCAGCGAUGGAUGGAGACAACAGUUAUCCGGAUAUACGAACAGGAAGGCAACAUUUGCUACGACCUCGACUGCAAGAAGGGCGUUUUUGCUGACAAGGUCCGUUCGUCUCUGAGGGCCUCUCAGGAGCGCUACGAGGUCGGUGAGUCUGUGGAGUAUUGGAGUGUUUCGGCUGGACGCUGGCUGAGCGCAAAGGUGACCAGAGUCCGCCUGGAUCUUGGACAGUGCGACCUGGAUAUCAAGUUCUGGGCUUAAUUAUACUUGGCCGUACAAAGAAAGCAAUUGAGAUAGACACAUUUUUUUUUUUGGC